GCGAAGACUCGCGAGGGUUGGUUUGCGCGCGGACUCCGAGUCCAGUGGUUCGGUGGCCGGUCCCUGCAGCAUCUGUCAGUCAUGGCGGCGGCGCCUUCGCAGCAGCAGCCCCGGGCGGCCCGGGCCCGGAACCUGCCCUGGGUUGAGAAGUACCGGCCACAGACUCUGGCCGAUCUCAUAUCUCACCAGGACAUCCUGAGUACCAUUCAGAAGUUCAUCAGUGAAGACCGCUUGCCACACCUACUUCUCUAUGGCCCUCCAGGCACAGGAAAGACAUCCACCAUUCUGGCCUGUGCCAAGCAACUGUACAAAGAUAAAGAAUUCGGCUCCAUGGUCUUGGAGCUGAAUGCUUCCGACGACCGAGGGAUCGAUAUUGUCCGGGGGCCAAUCCUCAGCUUUGCCAGCACAAGGACAAUCUUCAAGAGAGGGUUUAAGCUUGUGAUCCUGGACGAAGCUGACGCCAUGACUCAAGAUGCCCAGAAUGCCUUGAGACGAGUGAUUGAGAAGUUCACUGAAAACACCAGGUUUUGCCUCAUCUGUAACUACCUGUCCAAGAUCAUCCCUGCCUUGCAGUCACGGUGCACGAGGUUCCGAUUUGGCCCUCUGACGCCUGAGCUCAUGGUUCCUCGGCUAGAACAUGUGGUACAAGAAGAGAACGUGGACAUAAGUGAAGAUGGAAUGAAGGCCCUUGUCACUCUGUCCAGUGGGGACAUGCGAAGGGCUUUGAACAUUCUGCAGAGUACCAAUAUGGCCUUUGGGAAGGUGACAGAGGAGACUGUCUACACCUGCACCGGGCACCCACUCAAGACGGAUAUUGCCAAUAUUCUAGACUGGAUGCUGAAUCAAGACUUCACCACUGCCUACAAAAAUAUCAUGGAGCUGAAGACUCUGAAGGGCUUGGCACUGCACGACAUCUUGACAGAGGUUCACUUGUUUGUGCACAGAGUUGACUUUCCGUCUUCAGUUCGGAUGCAUUUAUUGACCAAAAUGGCAGACAUUGAGUACAGGCUCUCUGUCGGCACCAGUGAGAAGAUCCAGCUGAGCUCCCUCAUUGCUGCUUUUCAAGUUACCAGGGACUUGAUAGUUGCAGAGGCCUAGAAAACCCAAGGCCUGAGUUGCAGAAGCCUAGAAACUUGGCCCUUGCUCAGGCCCAUCGGUGACUGGAGGACAGAAGACAUGCUGCCCUGGGCCAGUGGAUAAAAUCAGUCACAGACUUUUCUCCCCAGGCAUUUAGAUAGUGCUAUCUGUGGCUGUUUGGAGCAGGGAUCUACAGAGCAACUUUAAUCUGGAAGAAUCCAUUCUGCUUGUCUUCUAUAGGGGAAAAUACCCCGCCCCGUGGAGAGGGCUGCUUUAAAGUCGUCACUGUCACUCUCUGGGAUGACAAAAUUGGCUGCAGUGUUCAUGUGGAAACUGAGUGUGCUUCAGUGUCUCCCAACUCUGAAUGGGUGCCAGGAGGAUUCUGAUCUAAUGUUUUGUUAAGAAUUUCAAAAUCAGGGGUUGGGAAUUUAGCUCAGUGGUAGAGCGCUUACCUAGGAAGCGCAAGGCCCUGGGUUCGGUCCCCAGCUCCGAAAAAAAGAACCAAAAAAAAAAAAAAAAA